CGUAAGUGGAGAGAGAGAGAGAGAGAUUGGUGAUUGGUUCUUUUCCAUGUUCCCCUUUCCGGGGAUUCUUCUCUUUUCCCCAUGAAUUUUCAAAAUAUCUUUUUGGGCUUUGGGCUUUGCUUCUCUCUCUCUUUCAACCAUGUGGGUUCCAUGCUUUUGUCUCUCAACUAAGAAAAAUGUUAAAACAUCAAUCUUUUUUCAGUUUUGAUCUUCGAGCCUAACCUUUUUUGAGAUGUGGUUCUGACCUUCAGACCACACUUCAGAGGAUGUCCACUUUACUUCUCUGUUUCAUCUCACCAUAUCCAUUUUUUCCUCUUCCAUUCUCAUCCACCCUUCCAAUCUUUUCCUUCUAGGGUUCUUUUUUUCCUUCUAAUUCUCUGAUUUCACUUUCUGCCAAGCUCAACAAUACUUAACUUCCUCAUGUAAAGAAAAACAAAUGGAAUCUGGAGCUAGAUUCUACUCAGUUGAUGACUUCAAUUUUGACCCUAAAUGGCUUAUUGAUCCUAAGCAUCUUUAUGUUGGGCCCCGGAUUGGAGAAGGUGCUCAUGCUAAAGUCUAUGAGGGAAAAUAUAAAAACCAGAUUGUUGCUAUUAAAAUUGUACAUAAAGGAGAAACUACAGAAGACAUUGUCAAGAGAGAAGGUCGCUUUGUGAGGGAGGUGGCUAUGUUGUCUAGAGUGCAACAUAAGAACUUGGUGAAGUUUAUCGGUGCCUGCAUGGAGCCAGUAAUGGUGAUAGUCACUGAGCUGUUAUCAGGAGGAACGCUGCGCAAGUAUUUGCUUAACAUGCGCCCCAAAUGCUUGGAUACACAUGUUGCCAUUGGUUUUGCGCUUGAUAUUGGACGUGCUAUGGAAUGCCUGCAUUCUCAUGGGAUCAUACACCGUGAUCUUAAACCUGAUAACUUGCUACUGACUGAAGACCAUGAAACAGUGAAGCUAGCAGAUUUUGGUUUAGCAAGAGAAGAGUCUUUAACUGAGAUGAUGACAGCCGAAACGGGAACAUACCGUUGGAUGGCUCCAGAGUUAUAUAGUACUGUCACAUUGAGGCAAGGGGAGAAGAAGCAUUAUAACCAUAAAGUCGAUGCUUAUAGCUUCGCAAUCGUGUUUUGGGAGCUCUUGCACAACAAAGUUCCUUUUGAAGGCAUGUCAAACCUUCAAGCAGCAUAUGCUGCAGCCUUUAAGAAUGUUAGGCCGAGUGCGGACCAUCUUCCUGAGGAAUUGGCCGAAAUUCUUACUUCAUGCUGGCAAGAGGACGCAAAUGCCCGACCCAACUUCACCCAGAUAAUCCAAAUGCUCUUAAAUUAUCUCUACACAGUUUCACCUCCUCAACCUGCAAUUCCUUCAAGAAUAUUCACUUCUGAGAACACUGUGUUGCCACCAGAGUCACCUGGUACAAGCUCCUUAAUGGCAAAACGUGAUGACACUGGCGAUACACCGAGACUAAAAGAAGAAAACAAGCCUAAUGGUUUCCUUUGCUGUUUCAGUCAGUGUUAUUAACUCUUCAACAAUUCUUCUUUAAGGUAAAAAUGGGAUUCAAAAUUUGUAAGAUAGAAUUUAGUCGAAAGAGGGAUCCUUUUUUACGACUCAGUAAAUGAUCAGAUUAAUAAUAAUACCCCUACAAUUUCAGUAAAA